GGUUGUUCAGAUUCGCACAAUGACUGCUGAAAUACUGUCACAACACAACUGCAGUCGGUCGGAAGGGUAUUCUAGGAAGUGCUGCGGGAGAUAAAACAUAAAACUGAAAACAAAGGCGAUUAGCGCGCGAUAAACAGGUUGUAAGAUAUUAAAUUCAGACAAUGUCUGGGAUGCAUUAACCAGGCUUAAAAGCUUGAUCUUCGUUCUCGUGCUUCCAGUUGAAAUUGUGAGCUCUUUGCAAUGGAAACGGACACAGAAAUGCUGAUCAAAGACAAUUGGAAAAAUCUAAUUUAUUCUGUUGAUCGCAAGAUCACCCGGACAGCUAUCUCACUUGCACAGAAAGUGGAGAUUCUGGAAAAACUCGGGGACCCCAUCGUCAAAAGGAAAGACAUUGCCAUCGAAUAUGGCCUGUCUGUCUCCACAAUUAGCAAACUACUAAAGAACAGAGAUGAUAUUAUGCAUGAGUGGCAUCGUGGAGCCAACCAGGACCGAAAGAGGAAACGCUUAGGGAAGGUCCAGUCUGUGGAUGAAGCUUUACUGCGCUGGUUUGCCAUCGCAAAAGAGAAGGAAACUGUCAUCACAGGACCCAUACUGAUGGCGAAGGCCAAGAGUCUUGCCGAAACACUGGGCGUGGAAUUCAACCCUUCUCAGGGCUGGCUACAGCGCUGGAAAGAUAGGAACAAUAUUGUCAUUAAGCGAGUCCAUGCGGAAAAAAGCCAGACAGAUGGUAAUAUGUCUGACUGGCCCCCUACUUUACUGCCUACAAUCCUGAGCAGAUUCACCCCUGAGCAACGGCACACUUGGCUCCAGCAUGCGGUGGAGGCAAGAAACUGCAAGGAGGAGAGCGAUGAAGACUCUACCUCCACAGCUCCCAUCCUGCCUUCUGUUCUGAGUGGACUGUCGCCUGAAAAAAAGCAGGCAUGGCUCAAAAACGUGAAGGAAAGCAGUGAGGUAGUAGAGGAGAUGGGCAAAGCUGGAGAAAACUGUGCGAGUGGAAGAUCUCCAGAUCAACAGACCAAUUUGCCAGCUGUUCUAGGUUUGCUGUCUCCAGAACUUCUGCAGAACUGUCUGCAGAGCUGGCUCGCGAGGAAGGUGGUGAAGGGAUCUCGCAAGGAGCAGUGUGACCUGGACGUCUUCUCAACAGAGCAGUGCACUCAUGCCAUCAUGCCUUUUAUUCUGAGUGGACUGUCUCCAGAAGAACAGGAGAGCUGGCAUCGACACUUGAGGGAGAAACACAGGACACAGGACGGACGUUCGGCAUCACAACCGCCAGAGACAUCACUAACCAGCAGAUCAGAAGAGCAGCAAGCUGUCUUGCAAAGAAACAGCAACCCCCUGCAAGACGGUGAAGGUUCAGAGAGCAAGGCAAGACUGUGCAGGUAUUCCACUGAGCAGCAGCAGGUUUGGAUACAGCAGUUAAAAGAAAGGAACUCCCCUGCUGGAAAGAGUGAUCUGGAUGGAUCUCCAGAUACUGUUCCCCAGGACACUGAUGAAGAAGAGCUGGAGCCACCUGCCAGUGAAGCAGAGGUCUCUUACUGCCUGCGCCGGAUACACAGCUUCUUAAAGCAGCGCGAGGCUGACCACCUUGGACACUUCCAUACAUUUGAGAGUUACCUUCAAACCUUAAUGACAACAGACUGCAAAAUUAAAGGAAAAUGUUGAUUGGGUCAAUGUUGGUCUGCACACCCAAGUGUGGGACAAGCUUUUAUACUGUAAUGUGGUACAGCUACAACAACUGAUGCAAUUAGUUCUUCCAAAAUCCAUCUGUGGCAGAGCAGGGCUCUGCCCUUGGAAAUACUGGCAGGGAUGGAGUUAAAUUCUCCUCCCUGCCCAGGUUGA